CUACCCACUCAGUGCCUACUGUUGGCAUGGCUGGAUGUUAAAGUCUCAGAGUUGCUGCUGAUCCAACACUGCGCUCGAGAUACCCUUGAGGCGCUUUGCUUGCUGCAUCGAGAAGCCUACGUCCACACUGACCGGAAAGUCACAAAGUCACGGAAUAUCCUGUGUGACAAUGAGCGCUUUCACCUCAUUGAUUUUGGUCAAAGUUUCAAAGAGGGAAAUCAGGAAAUAAAGCACAUUCAUACAGAGGGAUGUAGGGCAUCUGAAGCAGAGAUUCAAAAUUCGAUGCAGAACGUACCUCAGCUGGACCUGUGGAGUCUAGGAAUCAUUCUCCUGGAAAUGUUCUCAGGAAUACAGUUGAAAGAAGCAGUUUGAUCUUAGGAAUGAAAGCUUUAUUAAAAAACCAGUAGUUCAGCUGUUAUUGAUCGCAUUGCUGCCAGUAAAACUGUGAUUUGUUCUGCUAUCAUAGUUUAUCACUUCAGGGACCUUAUCAAAAGUGGGUGUCUUCACAAUGAUCCACGGCAGGGAACCACUGCAGAAAAAGCUUAGUGCAAUCCAUUCUUUAGUAUUCCCUUUGCAUCACAUAUUGAAGAUUUGAUCAUGCACACACCUGUGCUGAUGCUACUCAAUGUUAUUGAUGACAGUCAUCUUCACAAUAUCAUUGAUAUACACAAUAUAAGAGAUGGGCCACUGGAUGACAGUUUCUAUUUUUGGAUCCUGUCGGAUGUUGUUGAAGACAUGAAAGAAGAGUGCCAGAAAUACAGAAAAGUUGUUUCUCUGCUGGUCCCGAAUUAAAAUCCCGGCAAAGGCCAGGGUUACUGA